AUGUCCGUCAAGCAGAUUUAUUACUCCGAAAAAUACUAUGACGACGUCUUUGAGUACAGGUAAAACCUUUUAAAAGUUCAAAUAUGUCUUUUAGCGUGGCUUGUCAUCUUGCCCAAGCACGCAGCCAUUUAUAAAGUUCGCGUCUUGAAAAGUUGGCAGUGAACGAACAUAAAAAAACGCUGUUAUUUUUAAUAAAAACAUUAACGAUAGCAAGUUUCUCAAGCUCUGUAAAAUAGAAACUCUCGAAGGCAAAAUUUUCUCUUCGCAAGAAAGUAGGCUGAAAGUGUUUAUUUUGAUCUAAGCCGUCUGGCAUGGCGGAACAUCUGGCGGAACGCCACACUCUUGCAAGUCGUCUUAUCCUUCGUUUUCUUUUCAAGGCAUGUUUUGCUGCCAAGAGAAAUAGCAAAGCUUGUACCUAAAAAGCAUUUAAUGUCGGAGGCCGAAUGGCGAAGCCUUGGUGUUCAACAGUCUCAAGGAUGGGAAAAUUACAUGAAACAUGAGCCAGGUAUGUGCCACCUUAUGCUCAAUUCUUUGUUCAUGCUCUUAUUUAUUCAUCUCACUCAAAACGCCAGUUUCAGCUAUGAUACGAGUAAGAAAAUGAGUUUAGCCAAACGUAAAAUGAAAUAAUAAUCCCCUUAACACUACCCCCCGGGGUUUCUUCACUCUAAGAAUCUCGUAACUUUCAGCGUGUAAACUUUCUGGGCUGGUACUGCCUGGGGUACUAAAAUAAAAAAUAACAAGAGAGUCAAUACUCUUGGGGGACAUUUUAUGUUAUUCAGCUCCAAAACUUUGAGUACGAAAUGAAAUAAGGGACCAAUUUUCAUUCUUAGUCACUGAGUACUUUUAAUUGAUAUAAAAAUUGUCCGUUUCAGUUAAUUUGGUGUGUUAAAAUAUUGGUACCUCUUAGUUUGAUGGACAUUUUUUCAUGGCUGAUUAGUUAAGGAGGUGAGCGGGGGAAAUGUAGGGCUGCAGUUUGUCUGGGAGUUUUGCUUUACUUUAUAAAAAGGCUUGUAAUAAAAAUUAAUAUAAAUUUAGAGGAUUAAAUUCUGGACAUAAAUACACCGAGAGAUCUGCCAUUUGUAAAAGUCUCAAGGACUGCUUCGGCUAUAACAUUUAAUGUUAUGGGCCAGAGCAAGCCUUCACUGAAGAUAACAAACAAGACUUUGAGUAAAAUUUCUCUUAAUCAUGAGAAUGGUAAUUUAUAUAUUGCAAUAUCAUUAUUUCAGAGCCCCACAUUUUGUUGUUCAGACGAGAAAGAAGUGACAUGGCAACCAACAGAAAAUGA